AUGGCUGUUGAAUUGUCGGAAACUGGAGUUAAAAUGAGAAAAGUUAUGAUCUGUACAAUCAGAUGGUGUUUUAGAUCAGUUUGCAGUCAUCCUUUCCUUGUGGGUUUUUUGUGUUUCUUGAUAUAUCUGCACAGAUCAUUUCCUUUUGUGUUUUCAUUGUUCUUGUCUGUGUCUCCGAUUCUUGUUUGCACUGCUGUUUUACUUGGAACCCUUUUAAGUUUUGGGCAACCGAAUAUACCUGAAAUUGAAAGAGAAGAGAAAACAACCCAUGGGAUUGUAUCUUUGAAAACUGGGGUGUCUGAAAAUUCUACUGUUGUUGAGAGAAAUGAAAGCUACUCUGUUGAGAGAUACGAUGAUAUAAGAAGGGAUGCAGCAGAGAAGUUGACAGAGCAAUUGAGUUCGGAAGCUGGUAAAACUAGUGAGGUUGAUGGAGACGAUAGUUUUAAUGAUACUGUACCAUUGAUUGAAGAAAGGUCUCAGGAAAGAAAAUGGGAGAAUAACGUAAUUGAGGAAGCACAAAGAGAGUCGAGUGAUGUGGGACAUGAUCAGGAGAGAAAAUUGAAAGAAAAGAAACUUGGUAAUGAGAAACUUAUGGAGAAUCAGUAUUCUUCUAUUCCGAAUGAUGAACCUCUUGAGUCAGAUGACGAUAAAUCACAAGCAGAUUCUUUUGAUUCAGAGAGGGUUAAUGUAGAUUCUCUGGAUUCUCCUCCUCAGUCACCUUGGACACGAAUAGAAGAAGUGGAGGAAGAGAGAGAAGAAGAUGAGGCUUUAGAUUCUGAGUCUGAUACAACUGAGAGUUCCUCUCCAGAUGCUUCAAUGACUGACAUAAUUCCAAUGCUUGAUGAGCUUCACCCACUUUUGGAUGAAGAUGCUCCGCAACCUGUUCAUUUGUCCCAUGAUGGAUCUGAUGCGGCAUCAGAAUGUUGUCCAAAAUCCAGUACUGGCAGUCAUGAGUCAGAUGAUGAAACUGAAAAUCAUGACCUAGAAGUUGCUGAUGAUGACAAUGAAGAAGCUGAAGAUGAAGAAGACACACAAGGGGACAAAGAGGAGCAGACAAAAUCUGCUAUUACAUGGACGGAAGAGGACCAAAAGAAUCUGAUGGAUCUGGGAAGCUCUGAGCUUGAAAGGAAUCAGCGGUUAGAAAAUUUAAUUGCAAGGAGGAGAGCAAAGAAAAAUACGAGCAUGUUGCCGGAAAGGAACUUGAUAGACUUAGAAAGUGCUGAUCUUCCAUUCAACAUUUCACCAAUUUCAACAAGAAGGCAUAACCCAUUUGACCUCCCUCAUGAUAGUUCUGGGCUACCUCCAAUUCCUGGUUCUGCUCCAUCUAUUUUAUUACCAAGGCGAAAUCCUUUUGAUAUUCCUUACGACUCAAGUGAAGAGAAGCCAGAUCUUAUAGGCGAUGAUUUCAAAGAGGAGUUUAUGACGUUUCAACCAAAGGAACCGGCUUUCCGUAGGCACGAGAGUUUUAAUGUGGGACCCUCAAUUUUUGCUCCAAAUAGGCAAGAGAAUCGGGAUAUCAAAUUAAGGCCAUAUUUUGUGCCGGAAGGGAUGGUUUCAGAAGGAACAAGCUUUUCACAAUUUCAGCGACAAUCAAGUGAACUUAGUGAGUCGAAGGUGAGUUCUGUUCCUGAAACAGAAUCUACUGGUUCGGUCGGGGAUCUGGAAGACAGAAAGCUGGCAGAAGAAGAUAUUUCUGAGGAACCAGAGGUGAUUUCCAAGUCAGAAGAUGUCAUUAAAGAGGUCAUAUCUCGGGAGACGGAGCUGAUUUCCGAGAACGAAGACAGUGUUGAAGAAGUUAUACCUCAGGAACUAGUGUCGAUCUCCAAAAUUGAGGAUGUUUCCGAGUAUGUUGGACAUGGAAGCCAAUCUUCUGAAGAAGUAGAAUCCUUGGAGUUAGAUCAAGUUGAGAAGAGAGAUGACGUUGAUGAGCUUGAUAUUCAAUUAGGAGACUUGGAAAAUCAUUAUGAAGAAGGAAAUGUAGCCGGAUCAGAGGAAGGCCAAGCAACUGAAUUUCAUUCUUCUGUAGAAGCUGCUGAACAGAGAUAUAAUAGUAGUUCAAGUUCUUCAUCAUUGUCAGAAGUGAGUGAAAGGAUCUUUAAUGAGAAAGGAGGUGACAAUUUGUUGACAUUGGAGGAAAGGAGAGACGCUUUUCCUGAAGGGCAAGACAUUUCAACUCAACCUUCAUUAGAAAGUGCUGAUCUCAAUAUUUCUAGUACAUCAGUUGAUGAGAAUCCAUACAAGGAUCCUGUUUAUGAUUCAAGCCCCCAAGCAUGUACGAAGAACCUUUCUUUGUCCUCUACGUCCUCUGAUGUGCAUGUAGAGUCUGAACUUGGUUUGAUGCCUGAGUUGGCUAAGCGGAGUGUUUCUUUUAUUGAAAGAGAAUCUGAAGGGAGUUGUCAUGAAAUGGAGGACAGUUCUUGUAACGUUGAGAUGCUGCAUCCAGUAGAUAAAAAUGAAGCAGGGACAAAGAAUCUUAUGGAUAUAAGAGAGCAUGAUAUUAUGGACUCUGAUUUCACUGGAGUUGGCCAAAUUCAUGUAGAAACAUCUGCUAGAGCUUCAAUGGAAGAAAAUAUUUCUUAUCAACACAGUAGUUAUCAGCAUGCACAAGGUGAAGUAUCAAGUUUCAAUGGAGAUAUUCACGUCAUGGUCCACCCUGUUGCAGAGCAAACUUUCAAGUCAUCUGCAGAUAAAAUCUUGGGUCAAUCGGAGGAGGAAAAGCGUUCUUUGAUUUCUGAGCAAGCUUCAGUUAGUCAACUCAAUACACCUCCUUUCAUGCUUGAAUUGUCUGACGAAGGUUCAUUUGACAAGGAAGAAAUUAUUCGGUCUGCUCAGGACCAUGUCCCAUCAUCUGAUUCUGAUGUGAAAUUUGAUGCGGUUUUUCACAAUGAAGCAGAAGAGAAGCUGAUUUCUUCACAUUAUUCCGAGGAAAAAUCAAUUUCUCACUUUGAUGACGAACUGGAUUUCACGGAUAAACCAAUGAAUGAGCAGGAAGCACCUCAUACCUUGGUCCAGUCAAUUGAGGAAGCAAGAACUAAAGACAGCUCGAGCAUCCCAGACGUUAAGGAGCUAGAUUCUGAAAUUUCGUCAAAUGUUAUUUCCCCUCAAUUGGAGGCUCACGAAAUGAAAACAGGAGCGAGUUUAUCAAUUUCAAAUACGAGUGCCAGUGGUGAAGUUGGAAAUAGUGAUACAAUUCCAGCAUUAGAUAAUUGCAAUUUUCCAGCUGAAGUAAUUAGUUCUCGUGUUGAUGAACAGAUUAUGGUUGAAGACACGGGCGAGAUAGAGGAAAUUGAUGGACUGCUAUCAGAAUUGGAUGCAGUUGGUGACUUCAAUGUCAACCAGUGUCAAUCAAGCUUCAACAAGUUCAAGGGACACGUGGAUUCUUCCGGAGAAAGCUUGUCUUCACCACAUGAGGCUACUGGCACAAUUGAACCUAUUGAUUCAUCAAAUAGGGAAUUUGUUGCAAGGGAUGUCCAAAACUCUAUUCAUCCAAAGUCAUCCGAAGAAGAACCACUUCCUCCGAAGGAAAGCAAAGACAAUUUGAAUUCUGAAGAAAAUAAUUCUAGUAUGCCUGUAGUUGAAGUGCAAUCCGUUGAAGAUGUUGAAUAUAUGCAUAAGAAGUAUAAAUCAACAUCGAUGGAAACUGAAGUCAUGGUUGCAGAGCCUGAGAUGCCCCUUCAAGAUGAAGUUGAUAUAGAUGCCAAUUCUGGAAUGACAGAACUCGAAGCACGAACAUUUCAAGAUAUUGAUUUGGCAUUUAAAAAAAUAGACCAGAGAGAAAUUGAGAAGCCUGUAGUUGCUCAGCUACCCGAUACUGAUCUGAUAGUCGAAGAAACUAAAGUUGAGUGUUCAGAGGAUGGAAUAUUGACGAACACCAAGAUUGAACUGCCAAUUCUGGAUGUUACAUCGACUGAAGAUGUCACAUUGGUCCAUACCCAAGUCCAUGAUAGUAUUGUUCAGCAAAGUACCCUGCCCAAUUCUGUUGCCGAUGCUCCGCAUGUGAUGAAUUCCAGAAACAUGCAAGGGACCACUUUAGAAUUGCAUGCUGUGGAAACAAUGCCUUCGGAAGUUAUUGAUUUGGAGAAACAGUUGAAGCCGAAUGAAGAUGGAUCGGCUAAAUUCAAGGUGUAUGAAGUAAGUUUGUCUGAUGAGUAUGCCGAAGCCGAAUCAAGUAUUAAAGAAGAUGGUGUAAAAGAAAUGAACACGGUUUCUGCUGAAGACCCUGGCCAAGAAGUUGAAACACCUAAAAACACAAGUUCAACUCCAUCUGUUAAAGACAAGGAGAAAAAAUCCCAAAAGUCAAGCUCAAGCUCAAGCUCGAGUUCUGACUCAAGUUCAAGUGAUUCCGACAGAGAGUAA